AUGGGGACCAUGGAGGUCCUGGCUGAAGCUCUACCUCCCGAGUGGGAGGUCGCCAUGUCUCGCUCCAAGAACAUGCCGUACUACUACAACGCACAGACGCAGAAGGUCUAUUGGGUGGACGACGAGCUGCCCCGUGGGUGGUCCCACCAAUUCGAUCGCGAUGGUCGGAUGUUCUACUUUCAUGUGCGAGACAAGAACGGCACGAUUUCCUACGAUAAACCCGUGCUACGUACGGACUCUCGUGAUUUUCCAGUACCGUUACUUUCAGCCAAUGAGGAGGAUGUCACUUCGCCCGAGCCAGUUCCUGUGCCAGCGCCGUCCUAUGACAAGAACGAGUCACUUCAUGGCUACGUACAUCUAGAGUCAGGCGACCCGCCGGUUCUUGAGAGGAAGAAGUCCAAUUCUCUUAUGGAUCUAUUGAGUCCAGGACCGCCUGCACUUGGAGACGAGGAGGCUCCGCUGCGAGAAGACGAGACGCUUCAGUCGCCAGUUGGGAUAGCCCCUACGUCAAGGGCGAUGCAGAUUUCCAACUUGGUUACAGGUCCUGAGAGACCGUUGCAACGAGGUAAGCGGUCGUACAGUGCCAUAUCGAAGGAGCAAGACGAGGAUGUUCUUCAGGGAAGUGCACGCGAGAAAGACCAGGACGCUGCUGCAGCGUUUUACAACCAGUUGCAGCGACGUGCACAGAGCGACCGAGCGGACAGUUUGCUGUUCCACAUGCGUGCGCUAAACAACUGGGUGAAAUCCGUCUUGAUCAAUGAGUACUCGCGACGUGACGGGGAUCGCGUGCUGGACUUGGCGUGUGGCAAAGGUGGCGAUCUCAUGAAGUGGACGAAGCGCAACCUUGCCAUGUACGUGGGUGUGGACAUUGCUCAAAAGUCAUUGGAAGAUGCUGUCGAGCGGUACACUUCGUUCUCGCGUGGCGGAAGAGGAGGUAACGAUCGGCAUAAGAAAAGUACCGAGGCGCACUUUGUGCAAGGUGAUCUAGGUGUGGUAGACUUGCUGCGCGACGAGAUGCACUGCUGGAACGAACAAGAAGGUUGGCACGACGCGGUGCCGCUGCCGAGCUCAGCAGUCAGCAGCUUUAGUAUCGUGUCGGUCCAAUUCUCGUUCCACUACAUGUUCGGUGACGCGGAGCGUGCGAACCGUUUCUUUUCGACAGUCCAUGAGCUACUUGCAGAUGGUGGUAUGCUUAUUGCAACGACAGUCGAUCCGAACAAAUUGCUGAUGAAGUACUACCAAGCGUUGCGGCCACCAGAGGACGAGAUGGACGACCAAACAUGUAACAAGUCUGACGUGAGCAUCGUGGACGAGAAGAACCGUGAGGUGUGCAGCAUUCGGUUUGACGCGAACACGCGUGCUCAAUUGUCAGGGCCCAAUGCAGCACCAGAAGGCGCGUUUGGCCUGCGCUACAAUUUCACGCUGCGUGAUCGCGUGGAAGAUGACGCUGAUGGUGGGAACAGCGGCCAAGCCGUAGAUCUACCGGAGUACUUGGUACCAGACGAUUUACUGGCCAAGCUACUACGUGAGCACGGCUUUGAGCUUUUGUUGAAGCAGAAUUUCCACCGCUUCAUUCAUCUCCACAAAGACCAAGACCACAAUCGCACACUGCUGGAAAAGAUGCACGUGACGAACAUUCGCGGCUCGAUCUCGGACGCAGAGUGGGAAAUAGCAGGUCUCUACCAGGUUCUUGCGUUCAAAAAGACCUACUAA